UGUGAAGAUGGCGGUAGGCUCCGGUCUGCUGGACGAGCUUUUCUUGAACACAGAGGUGAAUAAAGCGGUAGUUUGUCAUUCUGUCCGGUCUCUAGAGUCACAACUGUCGUUCCCGAGUCACAACUACCCCUGGGUUAGGCACGAAGUAGCCGGUAAUUAUAUGGCUAGUUCCGGGACAAGGGGGUAGCGGGAGCUAAUGUCCAGCUGGGACUUGGUCAAGACGGUUGCUAAAGCAGUUGAAGCGCAGGGAGAGGGGGGGUCUCAUCAUCACACCGAGGUCCCCAUGGUUAAGCUAUGGACGCAUCGUCGCCCAACUCGGACUCAACCACGGGACACGACCGAGGCAAAACACUUGUUGUCAAUGCCGGUGCAACUUCUCUCCCUAAUCACCAGGAGAAAGUAGGCUCAUUCUCAGCUCAGACUUUGAAUGGAAGCCAAACUAUGAACUCGCACAGUUCAGGAAGCGCUGCCCCUCUCACGGGGACAACAGUGACAAGUGGCACUAGUAACAGCGGCAAUACUACGAUAUCUGUCACAGCUGUCAACAGUGGACCAGUGUUGUCAAAAGGGCUGACCAACGCGAUAAUGCCCCCCUCGUCAAACAGUGUAAUUCAGACGCCUUUCAUGAACUCACAGAGUGUUGUGGCUUCAACUCAGCCUGUGAGCCAGGCGGCAGGACCCACGGUGACUCUCGUCAGGCCGUCAAUUCAAAACAUCGGGUCGGGUGUAACUUUGAAUGGGAACAAUAAUACGGGACCGGCUUUAGUUGCCAAUGCAGCAGGUCAGCCAGGUAUUGGCAUACAAACUCCGCUUGUGAACAAUGGUCAGCCGUCCAACCCGGUGUCUGUCAGCGCAGGGUCGCAUAUAAUCAAGGCAGAGGCACCAAAAACAAUCAUACAGUCAGCACCACAGCAGGCUCCCAGCCCUGCCGGUGUCAGCGCUCCCAGGACUUCGACUCCGGCGAUGAUAGCUGCCGGUCCAGGAGGGAUCCGAGCCCUGGCGCCGCAGAUGUUGGCACCCCGGCUCCCCCAGACCUCCCCGGGACAGCCCAACAUACAUAACAUCCAGCUCCCCCCAGGUAUGGUGCUAGUACGCAGCGAGAGCGGGCAGCUGCUGAUGAUUCCCCAGCAGGCUCUGGCCCAGAUGCAGGCCCAGGCGCAGGCCCAGGCGCAGGCCCAGGCUCAGGGAGGCAUCGCCCCUCGGCCUGCUACCCCAACAAGCAUGCCUCCUGGCCAGGCCCCUGGGAACCCUAUCAUCAGCAGACAAGUGGCCCCUAGCACCAUCAUCCGCCAGGGCUCUCCAGCCCCAACCUCAAUCUCUGCCAUCACCACUCUUCACAGACCUCCUGUUCUGCAGAGCUCAGUUGGGGCUUCAGUACCAGGGAUGACCCCCAGGACAGUCAGCCAAUCAGCUGGGACCACGGUUACCUCAGUAACAGUGAGCAGUGAGACAAUGGAGAAUGUGAAGAAGUGCAGAAACUUCCUGUCCACAUUGAUCAAGCUGUCGUCCACUGGGAAGCAGUCAACAGAGACGGCGGCCAAUGUGAGAGAGCUGAUCAAGGACCUGUUGGAAGGCAAACUGGAAGCGGAGGAAUUCACCAGCAGAUUGCACAAAGAGCUCAACUCUUCUCCACAACCUUAUCUUGUGCCUUUCCUCAAGAGAAGCCUCCCAGCCCUGAGGCAGCUCACCCCAGACUCAGCAGCCUUCAUCCAGCAGAGUCAGCUGCCCCAACCGGCUUCUGGUCCAACUUCCACCUCCACCGCCUCACCCACUCCCAGCACAGUGGUCCUCGGCAGCCCAGGCACUCGCCUCACUGCCCCACUCACCAGGGCCCAGCUCCAGCCAGGCAUCACCAAACCAGGACAGACACCCCCAGUGGUUCUGCAGCCUCAGCAGCAGGGAGCAAUGUUGAGACCUCAGGUUACCUUGGCGACGACCCCCAUUGUGACCCUCAGGAAUCAGGCUCCUGGCCGCAUCAUGCUGGAGCAGCCACAGGUCCAACAGGUUAAACAGCUGCAAACAGUUCCUAUAGUGAGACCAGGGGUGCCACCUAUUUCUAAACAAGUCCCUACUGCUGUCUUGUCUCCUGCUCAGAAGAACAAGCUGAAAGAGGCGGGUGGCACUUUCAAGGAUGAUGACGACAUCAAUGAUGUGGCCUCCAUGGCUGGAGUCAACCUGUCAGAGGAAACUGCCCGUAUCCUGGCAACCAAUUCUGAGGUGGUGGGAGUGGUGACACGUUCCUGUAAGGAUGAGGCUUUCCUCUCCUUCUCCAUGCUGCAGAGGAGGAUACUGGAGAUAGGCAGGAGGUUUGGGGUGACUGAGCUCGGUGGGGACGUGGUAACCUUCAUCUCCCACGCCACUCAGCAGCGGCUCCAGAACCUCCUGGAAAAAGUUUCUCAAGUAGCCCAGCAGAAGAACUCAAAUUUCAAGGAGGAUGGCUGCUAUGAGCAAAGCAGUGAUGUGCGUCCCCAGCUGAAAUUCUUUGAGCAGUUGGACCAGCUGGAGAAACAGAGGAAGGAAGAGCAGGAGAGAGAGAUUCUCCUAAAGGCAGCUAAGUCUCGAGCUCGGCAGGAGGACCCAGAGCAGCUGCGUCUGAAGCAGAAGGCCAAAGAGAUGCAGCAGCAGGAGUUGGCUCAGAUGAGGCAGAGGGAGGCCAACCUGACAGCUCUGGCAGCCAUCGGCCCCAGGAAGAAGAGGAAGAUUGUGGAUUCUCCUUCCUCUGCUGCCUCAGCUGAGGGCUCAGGACCCAGUCCCUCUCUGUCUGGUGGUGCUGGUUCAUCCGGCUCCAGACCCACGCGGCAGCGCAUCACACGUGUCAACCUCAGGGACCUGCUCUUCUGUCUGGAGAACGAGAGAUUUACCAGUCGCUCCCACUUCCUCUACAAGGGCUUCCUCAAAUAGGCUUGAUGUCAGAGAGGAGAGUAAGAGCAGAGGGACGAGGGUUAAAAUGAAGUGUGUGUGGAGAGACCCAUCACUCCCACAGCAGAUAGAGCGUAACAGACUCUUGUAAUUGAAGAGGAGCAGGCAGCGACUUGACACAUUUCAAGGUUUUCCAGGUAUACCUGGUAAUGGCAGCCAUGUUGGAUGGCACUUCAUGGGAGGGCUCUCUAGUCAUGGCUUCCAAAGUGGAGUUUGGUUAUGCGGUCCCUCAGCUUCUCUACCUCCCUCCUCAAAGAAGGCCUAACUAUUUUCCUUCAAAGCAGUCAUGGACUAACUCCCUUUUUACUUACUUUGUAAAACUUCUUUUAGUAUCCCCUUUUCAAGAAUGUGUAUAAAAAAAUGAUUAUAUGUUUUUAUGACAUACUGUUUUUGUAUGAACAAAUGACUUACUGUACAAGUAUACACUGUAAUACGAUACAGUCAGUUUUAUUUUCUGAUUCUGUUUAUAUGUGAAUUUGGUUUUAAAGAAAUGAAAAUGAGCAGAUUUCUUUUAAUAGACCACCAACUAAUUUUAUUGUAAUUCAAUGAUCUUUUUUCUCAACUGAAUUAGUUUGAACUCCAAACUGUGUAAUCUACUGAGUUGCCUUCCUAACUAUAAAAAUAAGCCAUAUAGCCAUCCCUGAGCAAUUAACCUAGCUGUUGAUUCAUAAGCAGUAGCUUGCUCGAUGUCUGUCUAUCAUCUCCAUUUCUUUGUUUGAUUUCAGAAUUCAGCAUAUUUAUUUUACUAAACUCAAGCUUAAAUUAAUGUUUAGCUAUUUAUUUGAUUACAUGUGUGACAUGGUAUCUGUUUUAUGUAGCUUAAAUUGAAAAUGUAUCGAAUGUUCAUUUAUUCACAUAGGACUUUUUUUUUUUUUAAAUUAAUUAUUUGACAUGUUUUGAUUUUUUGGAACUUAAACAGGUUUGAAAAGGCUUUUAACUUGUACUGUUAUACCAAAAGUACAUCUACCUGAAACUGAAGAAAAUAUUUUUCUAGCUGCCCACCAACAUGCAUUUUUACUCUUUCGAUGUUGACUGACAAUGUCCUCCAAUCAUUUCUCUAUGUGCUUAUAUUUUGGUGUGCUGUUGGAUAGCCUUUACCUUUUUGGUAUCUGACUUCAGAAACUGGAGUUUCUCUUUCUUCCUGUAUAUUUGUAAAUGUUACACCUAAAAUUUUACACAUGGUUUUGUAUAGAUUUGAAAGAAUUUACCCACACAUUGAAAGUUAAAAAAAAAAAAAUCUCUAUUGAAAAGUUUGAAUAAAUAAUGAUUUUACAAUAAC